UACAACUAAGAUGCUUUUUUGUUUUAAUGCAUCAUCGAUAAACGAAGGACCAGUAUGCGCGCGACUGAUCGUGAACGCGCCCAACGGACGCGUCUUCGAUUAUUGAGUGGAAAGUUACGUAAAGUUACGCCGUUAAAACGACAACAACUAUUAGUUUCAUCGAGUUUGAAAGCAGUAUGAACAUAAAACAGAAUGCACUUAAGAUGUCAUGGACUCCAGAGUUUUGUGCAGAAACGAAUAAUCCAUGUUGUCCCAGCAUGUUUCAUAAAGCAUCUCAAAUGAAAGCAAGGACAUCUGACCGGCAUGGUGUCUCACUGAUACACUGUAGGAGAGAUGGACAGAAGGAGAAUUGCAGUGAAGGGAGGAGUAAAGAGGAGCACAUAUAUAGUGCCAUGUUUCCUGCUUGUGGAGCUGGUGAUCAUGGCAGGAACGGUUCUCCUGGCGUACUACUUCGAGUAUACGGACACGUUCCCUGUGCACAUUCAAGGAUUCUUCUGCUUUGAUAAAGCCUUUUCCAAGCCGUAUCCAGGACCUGAAGAUGACAGCAAAGCUUCUCCUGUGUUGGUGUAUUCGUUGGUCACUGCUAUCCCCACGAUUACAAUACUGUUGGGUGAGCUGACAUCUUUCUUCACUAAACCCGAGGCGAUGCAGGAGAAGACAAUUGUUACAGCUGACUGCUGCUAUUUCAACCCGUUACUAAGACGCAUUGUCCGUUUCCUUGGCGUGUACUCCUUUGGUCUUUUCACCACCACUAUUUUUGCUAACGCUGGACAGGUGGUGACAGGAAACCAGGCACCUCACUUCCUGUCCACAUGCCGGCCAAAUUACACUGCACUGGGAUGCCAUUCACCCCUGCAGUACAUAACGGAGCGGCGCGCGUGCACCGGUAACCCUUACCUUAUCACCACCGCCCGCAAAUCCUUCCCCUCGAAGGACGCAGCGCUCAGUAUGUACUCAGCUGUCUACACCGUGAUGUAUGUAACUCUGGUGUGGCAGACAAAAGGCACGAGGCUGGCCAAACCCACUCUGUGUCUGACUCUCAUCUCAUUGGCUGUACUGGUGGGCAUUGUGCGUGUAGCUGAGUACCGUAAUCACUGGUCUGAUGUUCUGGCUGGAUAUCUCACUGGGGGAUCCAUUGCAGCAUUUCUGGUCACAUGUGUGAUCAAUAACUUCCAGCAGACGCAGCCUCCGCUGCCACCCAUGCCUCCACCCGUGCAACCUUCGCGUCCAGAUCCCCCACUCAACAUGCCCAUGGUUGCCAUGCCCUGUGUCGAAAGUCCACUCGAAAAGUUAAGUGGCCCUCAGGUUCCAGGAGUUUUGUACACAGGCAUCACAUGACCAUCAGCCAUACCUGGUCCCCGCCCCUCCCGAUGUGCUCAUCCACUCACGUCGCUCCAUCUCCAGCGCAGUCUAGACACGCCGUCUGAAUAUACCACCCGUACCCGCCCUAGACCCUCUCUCAUAAGAUCAUACUCAACUCAGGUCUAGAGCUUCACCAUACUCACCUCUACUGCCCCCUAAUGGAUGACAGAGACAAUGACAGCAAUAUCAUUCAUUGUGGUUUGCCUGAAUCCUCUUGGUUUGUCCUUAAGUUAGUGUAGACUGUUUAAUUAUUUUUAUGAAAGCUGAUGAUAAUCGUCCACCUCUUUAAUUUUGCAUUAACAUUAAUAAUUAAGACAUUGAUAUAUGAACAUUCUGUGUCCAUUCCAAAAAAAAACUUCUCUCUUUUUUUAACAGCCAUAGGGAAACUGAAUAUCAACUGUGACAUUUAAAACAAUUCACUAGGUUACGAUGUUGAAAAUAUAACAAAAAUAAUAUGGGGUCUAUUUUUGAAACGUAGAGAUAUUGGAAGAAUGUAGCAAACUACUAGUAAAUGUAUUUGAAAGGGAACCGAUAGAUCGUUUUAUAGUUUAGCACUAUUUUUAUGGCAACAGGUUACUUUAAAGCAACACUAUGUAGUUUUUUUUUACCUUUAAAUAAUGUCUCUAAAAUUAUUUCAGUGAUAGAACAAACUUUAACUGGACAAAUUGUACUGUUGCUGCAACCUGAGCAGCCUCCUAGCUGCUACAAGCACACUCUGAAAGUGGCGGUGGAGGGUAGAGCACACAGCCCCGCCCCUCCCCCUGCCUGCAGAAGAGUGUCUGAUACCAGGCACUGUUGCGCUUUUCAACCACAUGGGGGAGCUGUAAGUCAUUUUACAUGGAAACUACAUAGUGUUGCUUUAAGGAUAACAUGAAAAAGAUGUUGGAUAACUUCAAGACACUAGGUUGUAUACAGAGAUCACUUUUUAAAAACUAUAAUACAUAGUAAAGACGAUUUCAGCGCGAUUAGCUGGAAUUUAAAAGUGAUACAUAUGUAAAGGAUGUAGCAAAUGUUAUAUAUUUUAUGUUGUAUAUAAUGUGAAUGUUUUCCCCUUUUUAAUUUAUAUAGCUAAUUUAUUAUUUGCAUAUCCUAUUUGAUAUCUUGACACAAUGGAUUGAUAUAAUAAUAUACAGAAGAAGAAGACAUAUACACUCUUUGAAUGGAUGCAUUGUCCCAGAAUACACACAUCUCUUUGUUAUUAACACAUUUUGUGUUAAUUUUAACACAACUUGUGUUACUUUUAACACAACUUGUGUUUUAUUUGAACACAAAAUCAACACAAAAUGACACAUAAUGUGUUAAAAGCAUUACAAAAAAAGGGGUAAAAAAUUAAAGGGACAUUCCACUUUUUUUAAAAUAUGCUCAUUU